ACUAAUCUAUAAAUCAUGGCUCUAAUUAUUAAAACGUCCGCAUUUCGUUCCCAGGUUGGUCCAACUCAAGAAUGUAGCCGAGCUCUUAUGAAAAUGACCUAUUGCCCUCACUGCAGUGGAUUGCCAGAUUUGAGGCCUUGUUCCAACUAUUGCCUCAACGUAAUGAGAGGCUGUCUCGCUUACCAUGCGGAACUACACCAAGAGUGGAGCAACUAUAUAAAUGCGAUGAUGAUGCUUGCUUCGAGACUUGAGAGCUCUUUCAACAUCGAAUCCGUGGUGGAUCCUAUCGACAUCAAAAUAUCGGAUGCCAUCAUGAAUUUCCAGGAGAACGGGCAGACAGUGUCGCAGGAGCUUUUCAAACAUUGUGGUAAACCACGACUUGGUAAGAGGGACGCUCGACAUGAGCUCAAUUUCGAGACAUUGAAAUUCGGACACCGCGAGAAUGCAGUCCGCCCUACAACAGCGGCCGGCACUAGCAUCGAUCGUCUUGUUCAGAGCAUCAAAAAGAAGAUAAAGAAAACCAGGAACUUCUGGGUGCAGCUAUCAAAAAUCAUGUGUACCAAUCCUCAGGUGGCAGGUCAAACCAAAACCUUACCUGUGGAUGACUGCUGGAAUGGCUUGGACCGAGCUAAGUACGAUGCUGACUUAAUGGGUGAAGGUUUAAUGAAUCAAACCAAAAAUCCCGAGGUCAGCUUUGAUGUCUCUCGUCAAAAUAGCCUCAUCAACCAACAAAUCCUCACUUUGAAGCUCAUCACCACGAAGCUCACCCACGCUUACAAUGGCCUGGAUGUCGAAUGGCAAGAUUCAAGUGAUUCUGAUGCCGAAUCCAGUGGAAGCGGUAGCGGCAGUGGAUUCGGAGAAGAAGAACCAACAGAAGACAACUUUGGAGAUAUUUACUUUUCGACGCCCUCGUCACCACCUCAUUUCAUUCCCGAUCAUCAACCACCAUCAGAAGAGUCAUCUGCUAACACCAGAUGGCAGCACAGUACAUUCCUAAUAUUCUUGUCUGCUUUAACUGUUUUCUUAUGGAAUAAAGUACAAAUACAAGUCGCUACAAAUAACAAUUAACGAAGACAAAGAAUUUAGACCUCGGAUCUCAAUUAAGUGCUUCCUAACUACAUCUAAAGAGCUAAUUAUCAUGUUGCCUUCAAAUGGACAGAGGCCUAAAAAAACAGAAACUUUUGUACAACAUUUUUUGUUUAAUUACAGUGAGAUUUGUUUAAUAUUAUGGUCGAUUAAGAAUAGAUGUUUCUUGGAUGAACUAUUUUGUGUUUUAAUAGUACAAUGUGUGAUCUUAACUUCCUAGGAUAUGCUCAGUUGUGAUACGUCAUUGAGCCUUUUCUUGUUUCAUGAAUUCUAUUUUAUACAAACACCUUUUUUUUUUGACAGUAAUACGAGUCUUGAGAUAUUUGCAUGAGAAGUAUUGAUAGAUACAGAAGUGACAUUAUUUUUAUACUAGAAUCUCUUGUUACACCAUGAUUCAUACCUUCAGAAAAAUGCAUUUGAUGUUCGGACUCUGAGAUGAGACUUUAGUGCUUAGUUGUCGAGAAGAAACAUCAGUCAUAGUGCUUUCUUUUCGUGCAGGUGCUUACAUCUGUAUAAAAUGUAUAUUUCGGCAUGAAAUAAAUCGUUGAAUAUAGUAUAAAUUAAUAA